AUAGACUUUUAGAUUCAACCAGCUUCGCCAGCUGGAAGGCUCUCUUCCAAAUUCUUAACUAAAGCUUAAUAUCCGGCUUCUAAGCCAUUGUUGGAUGAAACCUGACAAGUAUCACGUUGGACCCACUUUAAGGUACUGACGUGGCAUAAUGAUGACUUCCCUUGAUCUAAUCAAGUCAAUGGUCAGAUCUGGCAUUAACGGUUGAGGUUGAGAGAUGAUGGAAACAGGGACACACACUUACAGCCGCCUUGAUUCCAUCCUACAUCUUGAUUUCGAUUUACUUUAAAAGAAAGAACAAAUUAUAUGCGUUUUUGAUGAAAGGUUUUCGAAAUUCCUUCCACGGUUAGCAACAAUUUUCAUAAUGGCCAAUCAGUCCUCCUCUUGCCCCAUCCUAUGCGCAUCCUUCAAUCAAGACAACAGUGGUUUUGCAAUAAGCACUAAAGAUGGUUUCAAAAUAUUCGAUUCAAACACCGGAAGGCUCUGCUACGAACGAUCCUUUGGAGCUUUCAUUAUUGUUGAAAUGCUGUAUAGUUCUAGUCUUCUCGCCAUUGUUGGAGCCGGUGAACAGCCAUCUUUAUCUCCACGUCGUCUCUGUUUGUUCAAUACAGCAACCGGUGCUCCUCUCCGUGAACUGCCUUUUCUUACUUCGAUUCUUGCUGUUCGCUUAAAUAGGAAAAGGCAUUUGAUUGAGAGGAGAACAGUCAUUCCACUGCUGUCCACAUUUCAUAGAAGACUUCUUGUGGUUUUGCAAGAAAACACCUACAUAUAUGACUCAAACAGUCUUGCAAUGUUGGAUACCAUUGAUACCGUGCCAAAUUUAAAGGGACUUUGUGCAUUCUCCCCUAGUUUGGAUGGUUGCUUCUUGGCUCUUCCUGCCAGUACAACUAAAGGAGCUGUAUUAGUGUACAAUGUCAUGGAGCUCCAGUCGCAUUGCGAGAUAGAUGCCCACCGGUCUCCUUUGGCUGCAAUUGCUUUAUCUUCCAAUGGGACAUACAUUGCAACAGCAUCUGAACAGGGAACCAUAAUCAGAGUUCAUCUCGUUUCAGAAGCAACUAAGUCAUAUAGUUUCCGGAGGGGAACAUACCCAUCAACCAUAUUUUCAUUGUCAUUUGCACCAUCAUUGCAACUUCCAGAUAUUCUUGCAGCCACAAGUUCAUCAGGUUCUGUUCACAUCUUCUCUCUGGGGUUUGAUACAAAUCAGAGCAGGAGUAAAAAGUCAAUUAGUUUUCCUGGAUUAAUAUUACCUGAUUAUGUGAAUCAUGCACUAGAUCCUGCUCACCGUCAUGUGCUUCACAAUGCUGUUUCUGCAGGAGUCAGAAGCUAUGCAGUGGUUCGCAAGGUAGACAAAGCUGCUGAUUCACCCGAAUUUGCAACUUGUAGGGCCGUGGUAUCCUUGAUAGCAUACAACGGGUACUUUCAGGAAUACGCCUUCAGUAUCAACAAUCAGAACGAGUCUUCAUGGAGCCUAGAGCGCGAAUUCAACCUUCUGACACUCGUUUCAGAUGGUGCAGAAACCUCAUGACUGAAAAUAUUGCUGCAUGCAUGCCACCUCUUAUACGGUCGCCGACACAGUUGAACAAUGAAAGGAGAGAUGUAAUGCAAUGUAAUCAUGUAUCGCAUAGCAUUGUUAAAUUAUUAUUCUGACAGAAUGAUGAAGACCUGAAGAAGCUGGAAGGAUUAAUGUAUAUGUGUAAAUCCUAUAUAUAAACCCAACACCUUACAAUCUUUUCUUGAUAUGUCUGGAAUGUGAUACGAAGGUAAGCAUUCAACUAUAGCAAAGACCUUUAUGUUAUGUAUGGUACUAGGAUGGAUGAUUAAUAUGAUAAGAUUAUAAGGUCA